UAAUCUUUGGGAUGUUGGAUCAUUUGAACAUGUAUUGAAAUGAAAUGAUGUGAAGCUUAGAGGGACAAUCAGUAUAGAUCACUAUUAGAUGCAGUCAUUUGUUACAGGGCAGUGUGUUGAGGAGAGAAGGAUCAACGGUCAGUGGUCCCGACCUGUGGAGGCUCUGUAAGCGUAGCCAUGACUCAGCAGAUGCAACAAAGGAGCUCAGAGGUUAGUUCGCAGCACGCUACCUCUGUCCUCCUGCUGCUGAGACGCUGUAACUGUCUCGGGUCCCGCUCGCUCCGCUACACCCCGCCCAGCCCGCUGCCAGUCCGCCCGGCAGGCCACGUCUCAAAAACCGAACAGUGAAAGUAGUCGAGCAGCUGCGGGCUGAGAGCACCGCGGGGUGUCCGGACAGAGAGCACUGCGCACCGGCUCUGUGGCCAAGCAGCAAGACAGAAAACAAAGCUCAAGCAGCCGUAACACACAGCUCCGAAGGAGACAAAAAAGAAAGAUCCACAUCAACCAGCGGACACUGCCAGUGAUCACCCAUCAUGCCCCGCUGCAGAGUGAGCCUCAGCACCAUGAUCUUCCUGGUGAUCCUGCAGGGCGCAGCAGUGGUGCUGUUCUGCGGCUGGUAUGUCCAGCUCAGUCCCUGCGGCUCUGCUCCCUCCAACAACAAGGUUCACGUUCUUCUGCUGUCGUCAUGGCGAUCAGGCUCAUCCUUCCUCGGUCAGGUGUUCAACCAGCACCCAUCUGUCUUCUAUCUUAUGGAGCCUGGUUGGCAUCUGUGGACCAAACUCCACAAACCCAGGGCGCGGGUGCUGCGAAUGGCCUUGAGGGAUCUGUUUCGGAGUCUGUUCCAGUGUGACUUCUCAGUGAUGGAUUCCUACCUCCCAGAGCACUACAACGUUUCCAACUUGUUUAUGUGGAGUCACAGUCGAGGAAUGUGCUCACCGCCGGCCUGUUCUCUCACACCACGCGACCAAUUCAGCAAUCAGGCUCAGUGUUCCAAGACGUGUGACGCCAGAGGCCUGCAGGCGGUAGAGGAGGCCUGCGGCACUUACAGUCACGUGGUGUUAAAAGAAGUGCGUUUUUUUGAGCUGGAAUCCCUCUACCCACUUCUGCAGGACCCAAGUCUAGACCUCCGCAUCAUCCACCUGGUCCGAGACCCACGAGCCGUGUUGCGGUCUAGAGAGCAGUCGGUCCAUGCCUUCGUAUAUGACGACCCUACCGUCUUGGAGCAGAGAAACAUACCAGCAGACGAGGUGCAGUAUGAAGUCAUGCAGGAAAUCUGUCGUAGCCAUGUGCGCAUAAAUGAGAGGGCCGUCCUGAAGCCCCCUCCAUUUCUAAAAGGCCGCUACAAAAUGGUCCGCUACGAGGAUGUGGCACGCGACCCACUCGAGGAAAUAACUGCAAUGUAUGAAUUUGCCGGUCUGGAGGCGACCUCACAGUUGGAGGAGUGGAUCUACAGAGUGACCCAUGGAAAAGGCAAAGGUGCCAAGAGAGAUGCCUUUAAAAUCACUUCCCGAAAUGCCACUGAUGUGUCCCAGGCUUGGCGCACAAUGCUGCCUCACAGCAAGGUCAAACGUAUCCAGGAGGUGUGUAAAGGGGCCAUGUCGUUGCUCGGGUACAGGACUGUUAACAGUGAAAAAGAACAGAAGAGACUUGACCUAGAUCUGCUGGUGCCCCGGGAACCAUAUCAGUUCAGCUGGUUACCGGCUAAAACAGAGCAUCCAGGUAAUAGUUAAAACAUGAAUGACAAAGACAUUAUCACCAAGAGACCACACAGGACAGAGGGGCUGAUGCCAGGGCCUGAACAUACUGUAUCUCAUAAAUUUGGACCUAACUGGAAAACAGAAACCAGAUUCACUAAGAUUUGCUGACAUUAUGUUGUUCCCUAUACAGAGGCUUCUCUGUAUAAACCAACCAUCUCCUGAAUCUCUGAGCUGCACAUGAGCAGUCAUGUCUGGCUCAUGCGCAACAGUUGUGGGUUGCAAAAUGUUUUUAUACACGCCUUGCCACACAUGUAAAAAAUUUAGUUGGAAACAUUAGGGAGUUGACAGAUAAUUAAAUCCUCUGAACACAAAAGAGGCUUUGUUUUUUUUAAAAACCAGCUCUCAUAAGUAGCAUUCUACUUUGUCUGCACAGUUUGUGAAACAUGUGGACUCAUUUUGAUGGUAGAGUGCACCGUCCCCUGUACACAGUGAAUCUGGGCCUGGUUUUGCACAGUGCAGGCAUUCUGGUGGUGACAGACAGUCACAUCAGGGGAGGUAAGGAAGCCAGAAAACUGCACAAGUUUGCUUUUAGCUUGAUGUGCUGAAUUUGAAUCAGCAAAACCACAUUUUAAUAGAAGAGCUGCACCAGGAAAAAAUACACUAUUUUCAACCCGAUUCACAAAGUGGGUCUACAACUGUAGCUUCAGGCUGUAGAUACUUCGCUUUUCCCUAAAUUAAUCUCAGAUCACUUGUAUCAAAGUUAAGGUCUCCCCUUACAGAAAAAUCAUCAGGAAUUUCCCGUGAUCACAUGUGCACAUGGGAACAUUGUCAUGGUGUAAUGUGUGAAGCCCAUGUAGAGUCAAUUGCCACCUGAAAUAUAUGGGAUUACAUGUGAAACGCAGAUUUAACAUGAAACUUAGAUUUACAUGUGAAUGUGAAUCACAUGUAAAAUUGGCAUUCACAUAUAUGUUCUUUUUUUUACCACGUGAGUUUUAAGAUACACAUGUGGAAAUAUGUGAAAUAUUGAAUUUCCCACGUGAUUUUAUUCGCAAGUGUUAUUACAGUCCAGGGGAAAUCUGGUUCCACUUAAGUAUCUGAAAGUCUGAACAACUCACACAUUUACAUGUUGCUGCCACUCCUCAAGUAUGAAGUUACCUAGUAUAGCUGAUGCUGCAGUAGCUUACUUAGUAGUAACGCAUGAUCGGUAGUUUAGGAGUUGCAUCAAGAUGUUUCCUUAAACUGGCUGAGAAAUCCGCUUCCUGGAUUACCCAGUCUCUUAAUUUAUGUUCGUUUACAGAAGUUAUUUUCUUUGUUGAUUCAUUAAUAAGUGAUGACACUGAUCCACCAAAUGACUAGUGUUCAUUUGACAGUGAUUAAAGAUCAAACAUUUAGUCACAUCAUAUUGAUUUCCAACUUAAAGAUUAACUACUGGUAACAGUUCGUAUUUAGAUUCUCACAUGUCGAAGAACCAGGGCACAGUAGCUUUCUCAGAACAUCAAGUUUUACUUUUCAUGUGCAGCAGAAUUAAAACAAUAACUGCGUACCCCUUAUAGAUUUUGGCAAACCUGACACGUGUCCCAGUUGCACACUACUGCGUACACCAGUGCUACAAUUUAGUUACCAGCUACGAAACAUCAUAGAGCAUUUAGCAGUUAAACAACUGGAUGUUUCACUCUGGAGUCAGUGGAGAGCUGAAUGAAGUGAUUAUUGGACUUGGUGGAUGGAAACACGACUCCAGAAAAUGCUAAUGUUGCUCCAUGUUUGCUGUAUGUGCAGGCAGCUGUUUGCCAUAUCAGUUUCAUAAGAUGAUAGUAUGUCAUUGCUGUAUUCAGCGAUAGUACAGCUUGUUUCCCUCAAAUGGCCAAAAAUCAUUCAUUGCCACAAAAAAAAAAAAAAAAACAGAGCACAAUGCUUUUAGAAUGAUUUAAUCCUCCGUUUUCUGGAGCUGUCUCCACAUUGUCAUGUGUUUAUUUAUUCCAGUUGAGAGUAGUUCCUCUCUUUCCUUAGUGUAUAACACUGUUAGUCCCUCAAAACACAUUCUAAACCAUGCACAGUCACAGCUGUCUGUAUAUUUAUUUUUUCUUACUGUGCAUUCGAAUCAUUAAGAGAGCUAGUAUGUAGUAUGGAACUGGGACACAGCGCUGGUUUAGCUUUACACCCUGGUACAUGUGAUGCACAGAUGGAGCCACAGAGCAGGGACUUCAGAGGCAACAUGCAUAAUGUGAUUCAGAUGUUUUCUCAACGAAAGAGAGUUGAGCAUUUAAAGGAAAAAUUCCACCUUAAAUCAGUUUAAUACAGCUUCCACCUAGCAGGUCAUCACAAAAUACCAGCACGUCCUGAUCAUUAGUGUAGGGUGGAAUGUUCCUUUAACAAGUAACAUUGAAAUUUUGAAGUCAGGGCUGCUGUUUGGCCUCGACACAUUGUGGUGAAAGCAUUUAGUUUAAAGUUAGCUCAAUGGGAAGCCGAUCAGCUUGUCACUGCUACACACUGUUCAACAUAAUACAGUACAGUUGCUGUGUCGGUAGGAUCAGCAAGAGUUAAUAUAGCUGUAGAUGAGAGUCUGUGAGACUUGCAGCAUGUGGAACAGAGUGUUCACUGAGUACACUGCGCUCUGUCAGUGUGUGUGUGUGUGUGUGUGAGGUGGAGGGAAAAGGGUUAGUGUGUGUUAUGAGAUGUUCAUGGAUUUUCCAGUGUUAUGGUUAUUGUUAGAUACAACACUCUCCCUGGUAUAAAGGUUUACAUAAUCAGCAAUAAAAAGUUAAAAUAUGAAUCAAUAUUCCAAAACUGUAUUGACACUAAAGGGUGUCAACUGACAUUUAUAGAUUACCAGCACUGUGUAACCCUUAUCCAUUUUUAUUGGUUGUGGUACUAAUGAUACAAGAUAAAAAAAACACUGGGGUAUUUUUUUAGGGGUAAGAAUAGAUUUCUCUUCUCUCCUUUUAAGGGUCAAACUGGUGUUCUUCACUGUUUUUUCUCAUUCUCCACAAAUGAAUGGAAUUUUGAAUGUGGUUCCUUUAAAGGAGGUAUUUGUAAGUUCUGCUAUUCCUCCAUAGCCAGCGUAAGCAUUAGCAGCUAUUUACUUACCAGUCUUGGCAAAAGCUUCAGCCAUUGUUGUGUUUACAAUAUAAGAGGUCACGGCCUCUGAGCAGAGCUACUUCUUCAGGCCAGGCUGGACCCUACAGCGACUCGGUAUCGGAAAGUGACGGCACAGGCCGACCAGACGGGCUAGCUGGUUAGUAUGCUAACUUCAGCUAAAAAAAAAAGCAGUGAUAGAAUAGAAGCAAGGGUUGCUUGACAUAGCUGAAGGUAAAGUUAUGAAGUUUCUAGACAGUUGAGUAAACAGCUGCUAAUGUUGGCUAUGUAGCAAUAGCAAAACUUUUCGAAUAACUUCUUCAAGGAAGUAAUUCCUUUUUUCCUUUUUCAGUGUCAGAGAACAGUGUGUUACUUUGAUUGUUUCUUUGAUAUUAACUUAUAUUAUCGUUGAAAGUUAAUGCUAUUUCAGCUGCAUUACAAUACAACACGAAUCAAACAUAAUAAUAUAUUUAUAUUUAUAAUGUAUAAUAAUUCUAUAUUAUGUAGCUAAAGCAAAAGUCAAGUCUGCAAGGUCAUUUUGAUGCUGAACUGAAAUUAAUAGAAAUCAAUGGUGUAAAAUCACAUUCAAAAAAAAGUUAUGAUUCAGAAAGCAAAGCACAGUUACAGUAAUAUAAAAUCUAUGAUUUGUACUAAAGUGUUCUAACACAGUUGCCAACGUACAGCUGUGUGACAAAUUUAAGAAAAAAACCUGAAAAAUGAGUAUAGAAACAGGAUGAUAAACGCUGUCCAUCACCAUCAUCAAAACACCACAUGAGGGAAUAUCUUUUAGAAGAAUGGUGUUCACCCUCCAGUAGAUUCAAGAGACUUGGAGAAUCAGUGACGAGGAGCACUGAAACUACUCUGGCGGCUCAUAGUGGCUCAACACCACUAAGACAGUAAAUGCUGGUUUUCCCUUUAAUCUGUAGUUUUUGGGGACAGCUCCAUUUAUCACAAGAUGAAUUUAAUAAGAUGAUUAAUGGAACAGAAAAGAAGAAAAACAAGUCCAUUUUUUUUUGUAAAACAAAUUCAUACCUCUUCUGAAACAAUCCAUUUUGAAUGUAAAAUAUCUCUGUGGUGGAACUGUUCACAUCUCAUAGAUAUUACGACAAGGUUGCAAGUAGACACUGACUCAUUUUAAGGAGUCACAAGCCAAGUACAUAUUAAAACCACUGUGGUUUUUGUACUGAUCCUGGUUCUGCUGAGUGAUGAAAUAACACUAGUGAGUGUAUAUAUGAUGCUUCAACCACAAAAAGUCUCCCAGCAGUCCAAACUUGUAUGUGCUGAUAAACUGACAAUAUUUUAAUGUCCUAAGUCGAGAAAACUGAAUAACAAGCCAAAAUGUUUUUCACUGUGGGAAUUGAUCGAAUGUUUCCAUAAAGUGCCUGAACAGUUAACAUGUAUAAUGUAAUCAAUGUGAAAGAUAUGAAACACUUUACUGUUUUGGUUAACCUCAAUUCCUUUCUGUUAAGUUUGAGUUUGCAUGAAGAGCCUUUUGACAAUGUCAGUGCCUUGCAGUGGGUUUAGCUGACAGAGCUGUCAGUUUGUUCUUGUAUUUAUCUGAAGAUUCAUGAAGCAGAAACUAUAUGGUACUAAUAAUGAAUGCAAAUAAAUAUUUACAUGUAA